AAAACAGUUACAGGGCCAGAAAGCAGGCCAGAUUCCAUAAAAGGCCCCCCAAAAAACGAGAAUAGUAUUUAUGAUGUCAUAUUUCAGAAUCACACGUAUAUAUAUAGACGAUAAUUGGUUCUGGCAGCUUCAUUGCUCCAUCUUCUUAACAGGUCUCGAGGUCAUCAGCUGUGAGGUGGUGCUUCUCUGUUAGUGUCCAGUAAUCUGCACAGAGAAACAAAAAUGGCAGUUGAGAAGGCUGGCAUAGCCAAAGAUGUUACUGAAUUAAUUGGAAAAACCCCAUUGGUGUAUCUGAACCAUGUUGUGGAUGGUUGUGUUGCUCGUAUCGCUGCCAAAUUGGAAAUGAUGGAGCCCUGCUCUAGUGUAAAAGACAGGAUUGGCUAUAGUAUGAUUGCAGAUGCAGAGGCGAAGGGGCUUAUCACACCAGGGCAGAGUGUCCUCAUCGAGCCAACAAGUGGUAAUACUGGAAUAGGGUUAGCCUUCAUGGCAGCAGCUAAACGCUACAGGCUUAUCAUUACAAUGCCUGCUUCAAUGAGUCUUGAGAGAAGAAUCAUCCUCCUGGCCUUCGGAGCUGAGUUGGUUCUCACAGAUCCUGCGAAGGGCAUGAAAGGUGCUGUUCAGAAGGCUGAAGAGAUACUGGCUAAGACACCUGAUGCCUACAUCCUUCAACAGUUUGAAAAUCCUGCCAAUCCGAAGGUGCACUACGAAACCACUGGACCAGAGAUAUGGGAAGGUUCAGGCAAGAAAGUAGAUGCUUUUGUUUCUGGGAUAGGUACAGGUGGAACUAUAACAGGUGCAGGGAAAUUUCUAAAAGAGAAGAACCCUAGCAUAAAGCUGUAUGGUGUGGAACCAGUUGAAAGCCCUGUCCUAACUGGAGGAAAGCCUGGUCCACACAAGAUCCAAGGAAUAGGAGCUGGUUUUAUCCCGGGUGUUUUGGAAGUCAAUAUCAUUGAUGAAGUUGUUCAAAUAUCAAGUGAUGAAGCAAUUGAAACUGCAAAGCUUCUUGCACAUAAAGAAGGUUUGCUUGUCGGAAUAUCAUCCGGAGCUGCUGCUGCUGCUGCGAUCAGGAUUGCAAAGAGACCAGAGAAUGCUGGAAAGCUCAUUGUUGUGAUUUUCCCAAGCUUUGGGGAGAGGUAUCUGUCCUCUGUACUGUUUGAGUCGGUGAGACGGGAAGCUGAAAGCAUGACUUUCGAGCCCUGAGCUGUUCCCUUGUUUCUGGCUGCUUCAAGUUUCAACCAGUGAAUCUGAAUUAAUCAGGCGUCUCAAGUUAAAAUAGGAUUAUUCCCCCCACUUUUUUUUUUCCUGUUUUAAUCUGAAAACAUGGUCUUUAACCUUUGAACCCUGAUCUGUUGUCUGGUUUUAGGCUGGUUCAUUAUUUUGACUAGUGAAAACAUGGUUUCACGCACUUC